AGGAUCAUCAUCAAGUUUUCUGUAUUUCUAUCGCGGUAACAACAAAAACAGUUGUCGAAAUGCCUCUCGCCGUUGAUCUAUUGAACCCUUCUGCAGAGCAUGAGCGCAAGCAGCACAAGCUCAAGCGUCUCGUGCAAUCACCCAAUUCAUAUUUUAUGGAUGUGAAAUGUCCAGGCUGCUUUGCUAUUACCACUGUCUUCUCUCACGCACAAUCAGUAGUCCUUUGCGGCUCAUGUGCAAGUGUCCUCUGCCAACCUACAGGUGGUAAGGCCAGACUGACGGAGGGCUGCUCGUUCCGCCGAAAGAACUAGAUAUUGUACUAGUAAAAUACUACUAGAAUUGUAGUGACCGAGCACCUGUUGAUUUCUGCACAAUCCGUUUGUUUCUCGCAUUUUGUGUAUG